AUGUCUCCAUCCCCGACCGCCCUCUUCUGUCUUGGGCUGUGUCUGGGGCAUGUGCCAGCGCAGAGAGGACCGCUGCCUAAGCCCUCCCUCCAGGCUCUGCCCAGCUCCCUGGUGCCCCUGGAGAAGCCAGUGACCCUCCGGUGCCAGGGGCCUCCGGGCGUGGACCUGUACCGCCUGGAGAAGCUGAGUUCCAGCAGAUACCAGGACCAGGCGGUCCUCUUCAUCCCGGCCAUGAAGAGAAGUCUGGCCGGACGCUACCGCUGCUCCUACCAGAACGGAAGCCUCUGGUCCCUGCCCAGCGACCAGCUGGAGCUCGUUGCCACCGGAGUUUUUGCCAAGCCCUCGCUCUCAGCCCAGCCCGGCCCGGCGGUGUCCUCAGGAGGGGACGUGACCCUACAGUGUCAGACCCGGUAUGGCUUUGACCAAUUUGCUCUGUACAAGGAAGGGGACCCUGCGCCCUACAAGAAUCCCGAGAGAUGGUACCGGGCUAGUUUCCCCAUCAUCACGGUGACCGCUGCCCACAGCGGAACCUACCGGUGCUACAGCUUCUCCAGCAGGGACCCAUACCUGUGGUCGGCUCCCAGCGACCCCCUGGAGCUCAUGGUCACAGAAUUCUCAGAAGCCACCACUGAACUGACCGUCUCCCUCACAAACAAAGUCUUCACAACCGAGACUUCUAGGAGUAUCACCGCUAGUCCAAAGGAGCCAGGCUCUCCAGCUGGUCCCGCCCGCCAGCACUACACCAUGGGCAACCUGGUCCGCAUAUGCCUCGGGGCUGCGAUCCUAAUACUCCUGGCAGGGUUUCUGGCAGAGGACUGGCACAGCCGGAGGAAGCGCCUGCGGCACAGGGUCAGGGCUGUGCAGAGGCCGCUCCCGCCCCUCCCGCCGACCCGGAAAUCACACGGGGAUCAGGAUGGAGGCCGACCGGAUGUUCACAGCCGCGGGUUACGUUCAUGACCACCGAACCCCAGGCAUGGUCGUAUCCAAGGGACGGAUCAUGGCAUGGGAGGCGACUCAAAGACUGUGGCGUGUGUGGAGCAUGGGAGCAGGAGGGCAGAGGCUACGGCUGUGGAAAGGAGGCCAUGCUGCCUCCUCCUGGUGUUCCCUCAAGGAGCCGUUCAGCCAGUGUCUGUCUGUCUGGCUCUCUGUCUGAGGGCACCUCCAUUUGGGAUGGAAGGAAUCUGUGGAGACCCCAUCCUCCUCCCUGCACACUGUGGAGGACACGGUGCCCUGGCUGGACCACAUACUGGCUUCUUUCUUUAACCUUCUCUAAUACGGGCUCCAGACGGACCUCUAACAUUCCCAGCUCUCAGGGCUGACUCUGUUCCCUCCUCUGUGCAGAACCCUCCCGUGCUUCCCCUUGGCCCUCUGUGCUUUGUCUCGUGUCCCCCCAGAAACUCGCACCCUCACUCCAUCUUCCACUGCAGUCUAACAAAUCUCCUUUCGUCUCUCAGAACGGGCUGUGCAGGCAGUUUGGGUUAUGUCAUUCGUUUUCCUUAGUAUAAAACUAGCACAUUGCCCUCUUCCCUUCACAUCAGAAAACAACAUCGGCCUGUGCAACAUGGUGAAACCCCAU